ACCCUCUAUACUGCUCUGGGCUCAUCAUAUUCUCCGUGCGGCCUGAUCGCACAUUUGCAGGCCGUCUGCUCCGAAGCUCCUCCCCCGCAUCUCUCCUUUCGCCCCCACCUCUCUCCGGCGCACGGCUCCGACGCGAUGGCCGCCCCACUCCGGCGGGUCUUCCCCUCCCUCGGCCGGGCCCUGCUCUCGCCUACGCCGGCGCGGAUGCUCUCCGCGGAGGCCUCCGAUGCCCUCGUGGAGAUCAAGCCCGGGGAGAUCGGCAUGGUCUCCGGGAUCCCCGAGGAGCACCUCCGCCGCAAGGUUCUAAUCUAUUCACCAGCUAGGACUGCAUCUCAGCAAGGUUCUGGCAAAGUCGGGAGGUGGAAAAUCAAUUUCGUGUCAACCCAAAAGUGGGAGAACCCAUUGAUGGGAUGGACAUCGACUGGUGAUCCGUAUGCUAAUGUUGGUGAAGCUGGACUUACGUUUGACAGUGCCGAGUCAGCGAAGGCAUUUGCUGAAAAACACGGAUGGGAAUAUGUGGUUAGGAAGCGCCAUACACCUCUUCUGAAGCCCAAAACGUACGCAGAGAACUUCAAGUGGAAGGGCCCCCCGAAGACGGAGGAAGCAGCCUGAGCUGUGGAUUUGUAUGUUGUGUGGAGAUUUUUCAAAAGAUGUUCUUUUCCUCUGCCGCUCGUGCUGAUUUUACUUUGUUCAAUACCUGUCGUGCAAUAUGAGCUAGAACAUGUCCUCAUCAAACGUGUAAUAAGCACGCAUUGCAACUGAACUUGUCGGUCAUCUCAUCAAAAUGUUUGUUAACUCCA